AUGCAUUCUCAUCUGCAUACCCCCUACAACGUCAACUGCGAGGAGAUUAUGACCGCCCUCGACGAAUGCCACGCCAAGGGAUUCCUCUACAAAGCUGUUGGCAACUGCAAUGACAUCAAGCGUGAGGUCAACAAAUGUCUCGCUGCCGAGCGCUACGACCGAGCGAAGCGGAACCGAGACGAAGCACGCUCCAACCGGCGGCGGAUCGAGGACAUCUGGGCGAGGGAGCGAGCGGCGGAUCAGGCCCCAAAUGCUGGCUCUGAGAAUGCCGGUGACUCCAAGCAAUAG